AUGUCCAAAAAGUUCUUAUUUAUUCUCGCUAUCGUUAACUUCAGUAAUGGACAUCUUGUGGACUAUCUCAUAUCAAGUUCAAUAGCGAAAACAAAGGAGCAAUUCAUCGAAACACUAAUUACCCAUCCAAUAAUAAGUUCAACAUCGUUUGUGUCAUCUAACGCUUUCGCAGCUGCCGUGAACUUAGUAACCAAGUUGCCUUUAGCAGUUUCAAGAGUCAUUGGACCUGUCAGACUCAAUUCGCGAAUUAGCAAAACUAACAACAUCGAUGUAGUCGAUAAACUCAUUGCUGACUUCAACGCAGGCAAGAAAAAUGAGGAUGUGACUAUGAGUAUCGACACUAUACUCGUUAAAUAUGGAUAUCCAGUCGAAAAGUACGAGGUGAUCACUGAAGAUGGAUAUAUAUUGACAAUGUUCAGGAUUCCUGGCACGGGCCCCGCGGUGUUCCUGAUGCAUGGCUUGCUUGGGAGUGCAGAUGAUUACAUUGUGGCGGGCACUGACAGUGGUCUCGCUUACCUCCUCGCGAACCAAGGCUACGAUGUGUGGAUGGGUAACGCCCGAGGCUGUAAACAUUCCCGACGCCACGUAAAAUUGAAGCCGUCUAAUGCCGCGUUCUGGGAUUUUUCUUGGCAUGAAAUCGGUAUCUACGAUCUUCCAGCUAUGAUCGACUUUGUACUGAGAAAACGAAACAUUACAUCUCUACGAUACAUCGGCCAUUCUCAAGGUACUACGGCUUUCUUUGUGAUGGCCUCUGAGAAACCUGAAUAUAAUGCGAAGAUAUCUGGCAUGGUAGCAUUGUCACCGGUAGCGUUUAUGUCAAAAGUAAAUUCCCCUAUAGUCAGGUUGUUAUCCCCAGGAACAUCAUUACUACACGAAUUUUCGAAGCAUCUCGGUGUUUAUGAAUUUUUGCCGGACAACGCCAUCAUCAAUGCCUUGAAGCUGCUGAUAUGUGGUAGAGGACCUUUGGUCAUAAUACUAUGUAGCAACAUUAUAUUUAUAAUCGCUGGUUUUGAUUUUGGACAGCUGAAUAUUACGAACUUGCCUGUGAUAUUUGGGCACUUGCCGGCGGGGGCUUCUGUAAAGCAGUUCGCUCAUUACGGUCAAGGACUCAUAUCUGAAGACUUUAGGAAAUUUGAUUACGGCAGUGAGGAGAAUAUGGCGAGGUAUGGUGUGGAGGUGGCUCCGAGUUAUGAGUUGGAGAAGGUGGUGGCGCCGGUGUAUUUGUUUUACAGUGAGGCAGACUGGCUCGCACAUCCGAGUGACGUGGAGCAACUCCACAGGAAGCUCAGCAAUGUGAUGGACACAUACAAGAUACCGUACGAUCAGUUCAACCACGUGGACUUUGUGUUCGCUAGAGAAGUCAAGAAAUUGGUUUAUAGAAAACUCCUAAAAGUCAUUUCAACGUUUUAA